AGAAUAGUCCAUCUCAAAACUAAUUCUUGGGUAUAUCCUUACACAUGCACCUUUAUAUUUUCCUUAAAUCUCACAGAUUAUUUUUUAAUCAAAUGCACUUUUUAAAUAAAAAAAACUUGUGUGUUUGUUUAAUUUACCUUUUGACUGUCUCUUCCUUCUUAUGGACAUGAGAAACGCCUAGCUUGCCUCUUUUAUUUUACACGUAUUAUUCAAAAGUACGGUAGAGUUUCUAAAGUUUUAAUAUUCCUAACUCUAGAAUUAAACAAGAAUCGGGAUCAUGGAGAAUAAUUAAUUUUCCUUUUGUAAAUAAAACAAAUGAUUGAGAUCUACAGUCUGAUUCAUUUAGAAUAGAAACAAGGGACCUAUAAUAAGGUGAAUAUCAACAAGCAUGUUCUGAACUGUGUUUUAUGCAAGUCAUGCGUAUAUUACUGUUGACAAUUGAGACGGGACUUAAAACCUUAGAUAAUUAAAUCUUUAGUAAAGUCUUACUAAAGUCUUGGUGCCCUUAAUCAAUUUGAUAUCUUCCUGGAAAGUUAGUGUGUCAUUAAACAAAUCAGAGAAUCUCAAAUUAAGCAGUCAUAUUUUGUCAUUAUGACUAUGUGAUAAUGACUACUAAUGAUGAAUCUGCAACUCCAUAUACUCCAUAUAACUGCACAUCUGAUUUAAUUAUCCUAACUGACUAUUAGUAUUGUUUAUUUUUAUUUAAUAUUUGACUACUUCAGGUUUGGUCAGAUUAUCUAUUGGUAUUAAUCUUCUUGUUUGUAAUUGGAGUUACAUAAGAAUAAAAGUGUUUUACAAAUGUUAUUUAUUUGAUUACUAUGGUAGAAUAUUAAAUGGAAUUAUAUGUCUGGGAAGUUCAACAUGUAUUACACAAGUAAAUACAUCUUCCUUAAAAUCCUGAAUCAAAAAUGAAUGAUGUAUUUACUGGCAAACAUAAAAUCUCCUUCUGGGUACAUGACGUAUAAAUCGAGUCUCUCAUUCCUAUGUAGAUAAUUAAAAAUAAGAUGCAUAUGAAAAAAUGGUUGUACUUUUUAAACAAACAAGAAACCCACAUUUGAUUAUCAUGUGGUCUCACGCUGUGUACGACAUCAGUGUGUAAGUCUGCAACCUCAACCCAGUUUAUUGAUCUCAGCCCAGAUUACACCAUGGAUUGAUAACAUCAAGGAUGUUUUUUGGACAAAGCAUAAAUCUAACUUUGAAUAAUGGAGCAUUGUGGUCGUGGAUUAUUUAGGCCUCAAACAACAACUAGCAGCACUAGUAACAACCCAAGACUAUUCGGGGAUCAGAUCUUGUGAGCAUGUUGUUUCUCAUCAGCUUGUUUAGUUUCAAGUAACAAAUGCAUAGUCUUCAAACCAUGUCAUUUACAUGUUUUUGGAAUUACCUCAUGGUUUAAUAACCAUAUAAUCUCUUCUGUUUUAAUUUUCUGUUUUAACUUAAAGGGCUAGGUAAAACGUACGCAGUGAGCUGAAACUGAAAAAGGCAAUGGAGCAAGAAUCCAUCGUGUUAAUGGGUUAAGAGGGACUGUCUUAGUUUCCACAGUGUAUUCCACAGGGAUUUCCUGAAAUACUCAUAACAUCAAUAAUCCAGGAGCAUGUGCCUUGUUUACUCAUUCAAGAAGAAUGAGAGAAUAGGAAUAUAUCGAGAGUAAAGCAAGACGUGUUUGGAGCUUUAAGAGAUGAUAGCGAUUCCAAAACCAAUGAGUUAGAGAACAUUUAAAAAAUAAACGACCAGGUGUCCAAAUUUCACUUUUAAAAAUGCAUUAUUUGUAAUAUCAAGUCUGUAAUUUACUUUAUCUUACCCCGGGGCGUUACACUAUUUUACCUUACUUAGUAUGCAAAGAUAAAUGCGAAUUGCUUUCACUUUUGAAGUAAGGGAUUUCCGUAUACAGUACGUAUCUAAUCUAUUAACAUAAAAAUACUUGGAGAUAUUUGAAUUGAGGUGCAGAUGUUAUGGAUAGAUAAACUGAACCUCUAAUACUGAACCCAGGUAAUGUUAUUUAAUGUUUUGGGAAGCUCGUCUGUUCGAUUUGAGGCAAGUCAAAUAUAAAAAAGUCUCGUCUAGUAACAUUAUGAAUCACUAAACUGUGUAAUUGCAUUAUGCGGCUUAAUGCUGCGAUUAAAACAUUAAGCUUCCAGUGCCUCCAAGCCUUUGGUAGAAAAUGGACAAUUUAACGUGCCAAACACUGCGAUCAUCACGUCAGGCACAGCAAAGAGGCAAAUACACACAAAGCACACAAAGGCACAUUGACAGCACAGACUUUCGUUUUCGCUCAAUUCUCCGGGACCUCAAAACAGGAGCACUUGUACGAUAGAAAGUUAAAAUGUUCACCGGCCGUCUCUCAAGCGCCUCCUGAAAGCUACGGCGCCCCUAGCGGUGCGGAGGGGACCUGGCGCUACGCUAGUUCCGUUUACCUGCCAUCUGUGUGCUGAAGAGAGGAGCCCUCGGCUGCCCAGCCCUGAUGGUGAAUAGCCGCUACUGCGUUCUCGGGAGGAGGAGCGCCAGCAGUGGUAGUCCAGCGAUAGUUUGGGAUUCAGCCUUCUGUCUUUUUACACCCACCCUUAACAUCGGAGCUCCCCGAGACUGAAAGAGAGAGAGGGGAAGGGAGAAAUAAAGAAAGAUGGCGGCCGCGGCCUCGCCGGGCUCCUGCUCCUCCACCUCCUCCGACUGGAUCGUACUGAGAGACGGCUGCUUGCGCUGCGACGAGGUGGGCCUGCGCAGCCUCUCCUAUCACCCGGCCCUCAACGCCAUCCUGGCCGUCACAAGCCGGGGCAGCAUCAAAGUCAUCGACGGCACUUCUGGGGCAAUACUCCAGGCCUCGGCUUUGCACGGAGGACGGGUGAGGUGCCAGUACUUCCCUGCGGUGGACAAGGUCCUGUUUGUGGACGACUGCGCUGUGGGCUGCAGGAAGGACCUCAAUGGGAUCUUGCUGUUGGACACCGCUCUCCAGGCUCCGGUCACCAAGCAGGAAGACGCGGUGCAGCUCGAGCUGCCCGUCACGGAGGCCCAGCAAGUGCUCUCGGCCUGUCUGGAGAAGGUAGAUGUAUCUAACACGGAGGGAUAUGAUCAGUUCAUUACGCAGCUUAAAGAUGGGCUGAAAAACACCUCACAUGAGACGGCAGCCAAUCACAAAGUGGCCAAGUGGGCGACAGUCACCUUCAACCUUCCGCACCAUGUGCUGAAAUCGGUUGCCAGUGCCAUUGUGAACGAGCUGAAGAAGAUUAACCAGAAUGUUGCUGCCUUGCCUGUAGCCUCGUCCAUCAUGGACAGGCUGUCCUACCUCUUACCGAGCGCUCGGCCCGAGCUGGGGGUGGGCCCCGGGCGCUCCGUAGACAGAUCACUAAUGUACAGCGAGGCGAACAGGAGGGAAACGUUUACGUCGUGGCCUCACGUGGGCUACAGGUGGGCUCAGCCAGAUCCGAUGGCCCAGGCGGGAUUUUACCACCAGGUAGGCAGUCCUGCCUCCACGGGCGAUGACCGGGCCAUGUGCUUCACCUGUAGUGUCUGUCUGGUCUGCUGGGAGCCCACAGAUGAACCUUGGUCGGAACAUGAGCGGCAUUCCCCGAACUGCCCGUUCGUGAAGGGGGAACACACGCAGAAUGUCCCGCUGUCUGUCACCCUGGCCACCAGCCCGGCACAGUUCCCCAGCGUCGACGGCUCGGACAAGAUCGCCUGCUUCGGGUUUGGGAGCUGUCCUCACUUUCUCGCUGCUGCAACGAAAAGAGGAAAGAUAUGUAUAUGGGAUGUGUCCAAGCUCAUGAAGGUGCACUUGAAGUUUGAAAUAAACCCUUAUGAUCCAGCAAUUCUGCGUCAGCUCAUUUUGGCAGGGGGUGAACAAGGCUCUGCGACAGAGUCACGGAGACCAACUUUAGCUUGGCUAGAAAAUUCUUCCACCUGCUCAGAUAUACCAAAACUAGAGGGAGACAGUGAUGAUCAGUUGGAAGACUCAGACAGUGAGGAGCAUUCCAGGUCAGAAUCUGUGACAGGGCAGGCAGCCCAGAAGGAGAGCAUGGAGGUGAACCUGGGCAUCACUGCUCUCAGCAUCCUGCAGCAGCCAGAGAAGCUGCAGUGGGAGGUGGUGGCUAAUGUGCUGGAGGACACGGUCAAGGACCUAGAGGAGCUGGGUGCUAACCCUUCCCUGGCUAAUGCCAAGACUGAUAAAGUGAAGGAGAAGCACGUAGAACAUCACAACAUUCCCUUCCCUUGCCUCCUGGCUGGGGGGCUCCUGAGCUACAGGUCCGCUGCUAACUCCCCUCUUAGCGGCAACUCGCGGCGCCCGCUGGACGGCCUGUUGAGGACUCAGGGCGAGGGCACGGAGCCGGGCUCCAUUGAGAUCGAGUCCUGCAGCAACUCGGAGCUGAGCUCCCCCUUGGUGAGGAGGACUAUGCCUGUGCUGCUGCUGUACAGCAUCAAAGAGUCGGACGAGAAAACGGGUAAGGUUUUCACGCAGAUGAACAACCUGAUGAGCAAGAGCUUGCACGAUGAGGGCUUCACGGUGCCCCAGAUCAUUGAGAUGGAGUUUGACAGUCACGAGCAGCUGCUGCUGCAGGACCCACCUGUCACUUAUAUCCAGCAGUUUGCAGAUGCUGCAAACUUGGUCACCAUGGACUCCGAUAAGUGGAGCUCUAUGGUACCCAAGCCAGGGACACUGGUUCAGUGCCUGAGGCUGCCUAAACUCGUGGAGGAGGAAAACCUGUAUGUUGACUCCAUCACUCCCUGCACUGAUGGAGUCCACCUGCUGGUAGGGCUACAGUCCUGUUCUUUGGAGACCCUCAGUGCAAUAAAUCAAGUGGAGGCCUUGAACAACCUGAACAAACUUAACUCCGCUAUGUGCAGUAGAAAGAAAGGUGAGUUUGACCCCAUCCCUGCUUUAGCCAAUGGCGCUGGUAUCAACAUGGUGAAGCAGGAGUCGCCGACCAGCACGCAGACGCCUCUCAUCAUCCCGCCCGAGCAGAGGGUCGUGAGCGGAGGCUACCUGGUACUGUACAAAAUGAACUACUCCACCCGGAUCGUCACUCUGGAGGAGCAGCCAGUCAAAAUCCAGCACAUCCGGGACCCCAAGGACGCCGUGACCUCACUCAUUCUGCUUCCGCCCGAUAUCCUGGAUAACCGGGAGGACGACUGCGAGGAGGCCCUCGAGGAGACGCCCCCCGCCCUCAAGAACGGGAAUGCUAAGGAGAAGAAGCUGGACGUGUCCGGCCUGGGGCACUUGGUCGUUACCACUCGGGGAGGAUACGUCAUGAUCCUGGAACUGUCCAGCCUCGAGGUGUUGGCCAAAGUCGAGCCUCCAAAGAAGGAGGGGACAGAAGAGCUGGAUCCCUUCGUCUCCGUGACCUACUGCUCCGGGACGGACAGGCUCUGUGCCUGUACAAAAGGUGGAGAACUUCAUUUCCUUCAGAUUGGAGAUGUGUGUGAUGACAUAGAUGAGACUGACAUGUUUGUAGACGGCCCCCUUUCUAAAGGGACGGAGCAGCUGCCUGAAGGCAACCGGCCGUCCUCCAACCCUUCCAGUCCAGGCAUCACAGGCGUGGAUCUCCUGGCGGACCAGGCGUUCAGCGCGGAGACGCUGACGUCGCUGGUGGAGCUGACGCGCUUCGAGACGCUGACCCCGCGCUUCUCCGCCACCGUGCCUCCCUGCUGGGUGGAGGUGCAGCAGGAGCAGCAGCAGCGCAGGCACCCCCAGCACCUGCACCAGCAGCACCACGGCGACGCGGCCCAGCACACGCGCACCUGGAAGCUGCAGAGCGACAGCUCUAGUUGGGAUGAACACGUCUUCGAACUAGUCUUGCCAAAAGCAUGCAUGGUCGGACAUGUGGACUUCAAGUUUGUCAUGAACUCGAAUAUCACAAACAUUCCGCAAAUUCAAGUCACUUUGCUGAAGAACAAGGCUCCAGGACUGGGCAAAGUUAAUGAGUCCGCAGUAGACAGGCAGAUCUUGUUCCCCUUGACCCAUGCGCUGCAUGCCAAUGGUGAGAGGAACGGCCGGCCGCUUCUGCCGGACUUCACAGAAGACAUCCAGCUCAUGGAUAUCGAGGAAACUCCAGGUUCAAGACUCUGCUCAUUUUUGGAGGAUCACAAGGAAGAUAUCCUGUGUGGUCCAGUGUGGUUAGCCAGUGGCCUGGACCUUUCUGGGCAUGCUGGCAUGUUAAGUUUAACAAGUCCAAAGCUGGUAAAAGGUAUGGCAGGGGGAAAGUAUCGCUCGUUUUUGGUCCACAUCAAAGCUGUGAGUGACAAAGGAGCAGAGGAAAGUACCAGGCCAGUUGUGAGAAUGCCAGCAGCCAAACCACAGAGCAGCAAAACCCACUCCCUUUCAUCACUUCUGCAGAGAGCCCAGGCUAGCAAGGAAAAGGCAUCCACCUCAAAAACAGAACCCAACCCAACUGCUAAAAAACCCGAUAACCUUCGAGGCUGUGAUUUACUGCAGGAGGUCUCUGUCACUAUCCGGAGAUUUAAGAAAACAUCCAUACCCAAGGAAAGAGUUCAGAGGUGCGCUAUGCUGCAGUUCCCCGAGUUCCAUGAGAAGCUCCUGAACAGCCUGUGCAGGAAGCCGGGGGAGAGCCCAGCCACAGAGCACUCUCUCAGUCUGGUUUUAGACAUACUCUGCUGGCUGGCUGGAGUCUAUUCAAAUGGGCCAUGCAGUCUGAGUCAAGGAAAAGAAGGACUGCUGACAAAAACAAGAAAACGACUCACAGACAUUGUACGAGUUUGCUUCUUUGAAGCUGGUCGAAGUAUAGCUCACAAGUGUGCCCGGUUCCUUGCACUUUGUAUAAGCAAUGGAAAGGGUGAGCCAAGCCAGCAAGGAUUUGGAUCUGCUCUGCUGAAGGCUUUGCUGGACAAUAUGCCUUACUUGCCAGCAGCAGCAACUGGUGGGUCGGUCUUCUGGUAUUUUGUGCUGCUGAACUACGUGAAGGAUGAGGACCUGGCUGGCUGCAGCACAGCCUGCGCCUCCCUCCUCACUGCUGUGUCCAGACAGCUCCAGGACAGACUGACGCCUCUAGAAGCUUUACUCCAGACUAGAUAUGGCUUGUACAGUUCGCCAUUUGAUCCAGUUCUGUUUGACUUGGAAGUUAGUGGCUCAUCCUGCAAGAAUGCCUUCAAUAGCAGCAUUGGUGUCCAGUCAGAUGAGAUUGACUUGUCAGAUGUACUCUCAGGGACUGGUAAAGUUAGCAGCUGUGCAGCUGCGGAGGGGAGCUUCACUGCCCUAACAGGUCUCCUCGAAGUCGAGCCUCUCCACUUUACUUGCGUUUCCACUAGUGACGGUACUAGGGUGGAAAGGGAUGAUGCAAGUAUGUUUACCGUGAGUACAUUCGGGGUGACCCCGACAGUGGGGGGUCUCUCGGCUGGGACGGUGGGCGAGGCCUCGACGGCUCUCAGCUCGGCGGCCCAGGUGGCGCUGCAGUCCCUCUCUCACGCCAUGGUGUCGGCGGAGCAGCAGCUGCAGGUCCUGCAGGAGAAACAGCAGCAGCUCCUCAAGCUGCAGCAGCAGCAGGCUCGUCACCCCUCUGGUCUCCCGCAGAAAGCCAAGCUGGAGGCGAAGCUCCACCAGACCACGUCGGCGGCGGCCGCGGCGGCAUCCGCGGUGGGGCCGAUCCACAACUCCGUGCCUCCCAGCACCGCCCCCGGCUUCUUCAUCCACCCCUCGGACGUCAUCCCGCCCACCCCCAAAACCACCCCCCUGUUCAUGACGCCGCCCCUCACGCCCCCCAACGAGGCCGUGUCCGCCGCCAUCAGCGUGGAGCUGGCGCAGCUCUUCCCCGGCUCGGUCAUCGACCCGCCGCCCGUCAGCCUGGCCGCGCACAACAAGAGCGCGCACAAGGCCAAGCCGAGCCCUAUUGGGAGUGGCUUGGCACUUGCGAUCUCCCACGCCUCUCACUUUCUCCAGCCUCCUCCCCACCAGUCCAUCAUCAUAGAGAGGAUGCACUCUGGUGCUCGGCGGUUUGUGACAUUAGAUUUUGGCAGACCUGUCCUCCUCACCGAUGUUCUAAUCCCCACUUGUGGAGACUUGGCUUCCUUGUCCAUCGACAUCUGGACUCUGGGAGAGGAAGUGGAUGGGAGGCGUCUUGUGGUGGCUACUGACAUCAGCACACAUUCACUUAUUUUGCACGAUCUGUUGCCUCCUCCGGUCUGCAGGUUCAUGAAGAUCACUGUUAUUGGUCGAUACGGCAGCACCAACGCAAGAGCAAAGAUCCCUCUGGGCUUUUACUAUGGGCACACAUAUAUCUUGCCAUGGGAGAGCGAGCUCAAGUUAAUGCAUGAUCCUUUAAGAGGCGAGAAUGACUCUGCCAGUCAGCCAGAUGUUGAUCAACACCUGGCAAUGAUGGUGGCACUGCAGGAAGACAUACAGUGCAGGUAUAAUCUAGCCUGUCACAGGCUGGAGACCUUGUUGCAGAUUAUUGAUCUGCCCCCACUGAACAGUGCCAAUAAUGCCCAGUACUUCCUACGGAAGCCCGACAAGGCAGUGGAGGAAGACACGCGUGUGUUCUCGGCGUAUCAGGACUGUAUUCAGCUGCAGCUGCAACUGAACCUGGCGCACCACGCGGUUCAGAGGCUGCGGGUCUCUCUCGGUGCCAGCAGAAAGGUGCUUCCCGAGGCCUACGAUCCCAAAGAGCUCAUCCAGAACUCCUCCACAGAGCAGCUGCGCACCAUCAUCCGGUACCUGCUUGACACCCUGCUCAGCCUGCUGCACACCUCCAAUGGUCACUCGGUCCCAUCAGUCCUUCAAAGUACAUUCCACGCCCAGGCCUGCGAGGAGCUCUUCAAGCACCUGUGUAUCAGCGGCACCCCAAAGAUCCGCCUCCAUGCUGGGCUGCUGCUGGUGCAGCUCUGUGGAGGGGAGCGGUGGUGGGGCCAGUUCCUCUCCAACGUUUUGCAGGAGCUUUACAACUCCGAGCAGCUCCUCAUCUUCCCUCAGGACAGGGUAUUUAUACUUUUGUCCUGCAUUGGCCAAAGAUCUCUCAGCAACAGUGGGGUCCUGGAGGGUUUGCUGAACCUCCUGGACAGCUUACUGUCCCCACUCCAGCAACAAGCUGUGGCACAAAGGCGCACAGAAGGAGUCCUGGACAUCCCCAUGAUCAGCUGGGUGGUGAUGCUUGUGUCUCGGCUGCUCGACUAUGUGGCCAGUGUGGAAGACGAAGCAGCUGCUGCCAAGAAGCACCUCAAUGGGAAAGAAAGAGAGCGAGUAGUAACAGGAAGUCAGUGGAGCUUUAUUAAUAACAGCCUUCAGUCUCAGAGCCUAAACAGAUCAACCAAAGGAAACAGCAGCUUAGAUCGAUUAUAUUCAAGGAAAAUCCGGAAGCAGCUCGUCCAUCAUAAACAGCAGCUAAAUUUAUUGAAAGCGAAACAGAAAGCCCUAGUGGAGCAAAUAGAGAAAGAAAAAAUCCAGAGCAACAAGGGGUCAUCGUACAAACUGUUGGUGGAGCAGGCGAAGCUAAAGCAAGCCACCUCGAAGCACUUUAAGGACCUGAUUCGGCUGCGGCGCACUGCCGAGUGGCCCCGUUCCACGCUCGACACCGAGGCCUCUGCAGUGAAGGAGUCCCCAGAGGUCGAGCCUCUGCCUUUCACCCUGGCGCACGAGCGCUGCAUCUCCGUGGUGCAGAAACUGGCCCUCUUCCUGCUCUCCAUGGACUUCACCUGCCACGCAGAUCUCUUGCUGUUCGUCUGCAAGGUGCUGGCCAGGAUUGCCAACGCCACCCGGCCCACCAUCCACCUGUGUGAGGUGGUCAGCGAGCAGCAGCUGGAGAGGCUCCUGCUGCUGCUGGUGGGAACGGACUUCAACAGAGGUGACAUCUCGUGGGGGGGCGCCUGGGCCCAGUACUCGCUCACCUGCAUGGUGCAGGACAUUCUGGCAGGGGAGCUGAUGUCCCCCGUGUCUGUGGAGGUGAUGGAGGAUGGGGCCAUUGGGGAGGAGACUGGGGCGUCCGCGGGCGACUCGGACGACUCCCUGCAGCAGCCCACGGCCAUCCCGCUGGUGGAGACGAUCGACGAGGCCCUCGCUCCGGAUAUCAUCUCAGGUGCUCCACCUCUAUCAUCUUUGGAAAAAGAUAAAGACAUAGACUUUGACUUGCUACAAGACCUCAUGGAUGUUGAUAUUGAUCCUUUAGAUAUUGAUUUGGAAAAAGAUCCCCUCGCUGCCAAAGUCUUUAAGCCUAUAAGCAGUACCUGGUAUGACUACUGGGGUGCUGACUACGGCACCUACAGCUACAAUCCUUACAUCGGAGGGGUGGGUAUCCCCGUGUCCAAGCCGCCCGCGGUCGCCGAGAAGCCUGGGUCGCAAAGCCUGUCCGUCUCCGUGUCUCAAGCGCUGGACGCCCGUCUGGAGGUGGGCCUGGAGCAGCAGGCGGAGCUGAUGCUGAAGAUGAUGGCCACCCUGGAGGCCGACUCGGUGCUGCAGGCCCUGACCUCCACUUCCCCGGCAGUGGCUCAGUCCAACAAUGGAACGGACGACUCUUUGCUGAGAGGGCUGCACGCCUCGAGCCAGGCCGGCCAGCUGCCCGUGCAGUCCUCCUCCGUGCCCAUGCUGAGCGCCUGCUUCAACAAGCUCUUCUCCAUGCUGCAGGUGCAUCACGUGCAGCUGGAGUCUCUGCUGCAGCUGUGGCUCACUUUGAGCAUGAACUCUGGCUCCGCAGGGAGUGAAGAGAAUGGCUCGGAUGUCUUCUUGUUUAAUGCCAGCAGGGUGCCCACCAUCCCACUGAAUCAAGCUUCUAUCUCCAGCUUUUUGACUGUCCUGGCCUGGUACCCCAACACUUCAUUAAGGACCUGGUGCCUUGUGCUUCAUAGUCUCACACUCAUGACCAAUAUGCAGCUCAGUGCUGUUCCAAACAAUGCAAUGGGUGCCCAUGAAAGCACUGCUCAGCUGAUGGUGUCGGAUCCCAAUCUUCUUCAUGUUCUUGUGAGAUUCCUGUCGGGGACAAGCCCUCAUGGAACCAGUCAGCACAGCUCACAGGUUGGGCCCACAGCUACCCAAGCUAUGCAAGAAUUUCUUACCAGGCUUCAAGUGCACCUUUCUUCAACAUGCCCUCAGAUGUUCAGCGAAUUUCUCCUGAAACUCAUGCACAUUUUAUCUACUGAAAGAGGGCCCUUCCAGUCAGGACAGGGCCCCCUGGAUGCCCAGGUCAAGCUGCUUGAAUUCACUCUGGAGCAGAACUUCGAGGUCGUGUCUGUCAGCACCAUCUCCGCCGUCAUCGAGUCCAUCACCUUCCUGGUCCACCACUACAUCACGUGCUCGGACAAAGUCGUGUCGCGCAGCGGCUCGGACAGCUCCGUGGGCGCCCGCGCCUGCUUCGGGGGUCUCUUCGCCAACAUCAUCCGCCCGGGCGACGCCAAGGCCGUGUGCGGGGAGAUGACGCGGGACCAGCUGAUGUUCGACCUGCUGAAGCUCGUCAACAUCCUGGUGCAGCUGCCGCUGUCCAGCGACCGGGAGUUCAGCGGCCGGAUGCCGGCAGUGGGCAGCAGUGCCUCGGACAGCGUCUCGGACGAGGAGAAGGUCUGCGGGAGCAAGGAGGGCGGCGGGGGAGCCUCUGUCCACCAGGGCCCGGCUGCAGGUGUGGCCGACUUGGUGCUGGCCAACCAGCAGAUCAUGAGCCAGAUCCUGUCGGCCCUGGGGCAGUGCAACAGCAGCGCCAUGGCUAUGAUCAUCGGAGCCAGCGGACUACAUCUCACAAAGCACGAAAACUUCCAUGGUGGGCUGGACGCCAUCUCUGUUGGGGACGGGCUGUUCACCAUCCUCACCACGCUGAGCAAGAAGGCCACUUCUGUUCAAGUCAUGCUGCAGCCUGUUCUCACCUACAUGGCGUGUGGAUACAUGGGGAGACAGGGGUCACUGUCCACGUGCCAGCUGUCAGAACCUCUCCUCUGGUUUAUUCUGAGGGUUUUGGAUACAAGUGAGGCUUUGAAAGCUUUUCAUGAUAUGGGUGGGGUACAGCUGAUCUGCAACAACAUGGUGACCAGCACCCGCGCCAUCGUCAACACGGCCAGGAGCAUGGUGUCCACCAUAAUGAAGUUCCUGGACUCGGGCCCUGGCAAGACGGGAGAUGGCAGUCUGAAGGCGCGAGUGCUAGCCUCAGAACCGGACAACGCAGAAGGGCUUCACAACUUUGCACCGCUAGGCACGAUCACCUCCAGCAGCCCCACCGCCCAGCCCGCGGAGGUGCUGCUGCAGGCCACCCCUCCCCACCGGAGAGCCCGCUCUGCGGCCUGGUCCUACAUCUUCCUGCCCGAGGAGGCCUGGUGCGACCUCACCAUCCACCUCCCAGCCGCUGUGCUGCUCAAGGAGAUCCACAUCCAGCCACACCUCGCCUCGCUUGCUACCUGCCCCUCUUCAGUGUCGGUGGAGAUCAGCGCGGACGGAGUGAACAUGCUCCCCUUGUCCACACCUGUCAUCACCAGUGGCCUCACCUACAUCAAGAUCCAGCUGGUGAAGGCGGAGGUGGCUUCGGCGGUCUGCCUGCGGCUGCACCGGCCCAGGGACGCCAGCACGCUGGGCCUGUCUCAGAUCAAGCUGCUGGGCCUCACCGCCUUCGGGAACACCUCCUCCGCCACCGUCAACAACCCCUUCCUGCCUUCCGAGGACCAGGUCUCCAAAACCAGCAUUGGCUGGCUGAGGCUUCUGCACCACUGCCUGACUCACGUGAGUGACCUGGAGUCCAUGAUGGCCAGCGCCGCCGCCCCCACGGCCAACCUCCUGCAGACCUGCGCGGCCCUGCUCAUGUCCCCGUACUGCGGCAUGCACUCGCCCAACAUCGAGGCCGUGCUGGUGAAGAUCGGCCUGCAGUCCACCAGGAUCGGGCUCAAGCUCAUAGACAUCCUUCUGCGGAACUGCGCUGCGUCAGGCACCGACCCUGCAGAUCUGAAUAGCCCAUUGCUUUUUGGAAGGCUAAACGGGCUUUCCUCUGACUCGACGAUUGACAUCCUCUAUCAGCUUGGAACAACACAGGAUCCUGGCACAAAAGACAGAAUCCAGGCCCUGUUGCAGUGGGUGCACGACUCCUCCCGAGUGGCAGCCCUGAAGAGAAGUGGCCAUCUGGGUUACAUCAAUCCCAGCAGCUCCUCCCGGGAGUACGGCCUGCUCAUGCCUUCUCCUUCCCAUUUGCACUGUGUUGCUGCCAUCCUCUGGCACAGCUAUGAGCUGCCUGUGGAUUACGACCUUCCGGUUUUGCUCAGCCGGGAGCUGUUUGAGUUGUUGUACAAUUGGUCCAUGUCCCUGCAAUGCAACUUGGUUCUGAAGAAGGCUGUGGACAGUUUGCUGUGCUCAAUGUGCCACAUCCAUCCCAACUACUUCUCUCUCCUGAUGGCCUGGAUGGGGAUCACCCCUCCUCCAGUCCAGACCCAGCACCGGCUCUCCAUGACCGACGACAGCAAGAAGCAGGACCUGAGCGCGGGCCUGACGGAUGACUCCAAGAACGCGCAGGCCCCCGUGGCGCUCACGGAGUCCCAGCUGGCCACACUGGCGGCGGCCUCCCAGUCCCCCGAGGCCAUCAAGCAGCUGCUGGAGUCUGGCUUGCCAUCUCUGCUGGUCAGAAGCUUGGCUAGCUUCUGUUGCGGCCUUCUGUCCAAUUCGGACUUCUCGGUGCCUUCCGCAGACGUUCCUGCUGACCGAAACCGGAGGCACCACUCCCUGCAGCAUCCAGCGAACAAAGUGCCGCUGACCGCAGAUCUGGUGGCCCCGGUCCUCCGCUUCCUGACUGAUGUGGGGAACAGCCAUGCGAUGAAAGACUGGCUGGGAGGGCCGGAGGUGAACCCUCUGUGGACAGCCCUGCUGUUUCUGCUGUGUCACUCCAGUGCUAGCGCUGGGGGCCACCAUGCCAACCCGCAGCCCUCGGGCUCCAGGUACUCACUGGCCUCGUCUGCGGGGGCAAACGGACUGACCACCCAGCAGAGGACAGCAAUUGAAAACGCAACUGUGGCGUUUUUCCUGCAGUGCAUUUCCUGCCACCCAAAUAAUCAAAGGCUAAUGGCUCAGGUAUUGUGCGAGCUCUUCCAGUCAGCACCCCAGCGGGGCAGCGUUCCCACCUCGGGGAACAUCUCCGGGUUCAUCCGCAGGUUGUUCUUGCAGCUGAUGCUGGAGGAUGAGAAGGUCAUAGUCUUCCUGCAGUCCCCUUGUCCGCUGUACAAGGGGAGGAUUAACGCCACCAGCCAUGUGAUUCAACACCCCAUGUACGGUGCCGGGCAUAAAUUCCGCACCCUCCACCUGCCCAUCUCCACAACCUUGGCAGAAGUCCUCGACCGCGUGUCGGACACCCCGAGCAUAACGGCCAAGCUGAUCAAUGAGCAGAAGGAAGACAAGGAGAAGAGGAAUCACGAGGAGAAGGAGAAGAUGAAGGCAGACAACGGCUUUCAGGAAAACUACAGUGUUGUUGUUGCCUCAGGUCUGAAGUCCCAGUCGAAGAGAGCGGUCUCCACCCCUCCCCGGCCCCCGUCCCGCAGAGGCAGAGCGAUGAACGACAAGCUCACCCCCUCGGCGGGCGUGGAGUCCUCCAGCAAGACCAUCAGCGUUCCUGUCUUUCACCUCUACCACAAGCUGCUCCCAGGUCAGCCUUUGCCUGCUGAGAUGACUCUCGCCCAGUUGUUAACCUUACUGUACGACCGCAAGCUGCCUCAGGGCUACCGAUCGAUAGACCUAACUGUCAAACUGGGUUCCAAGAUCAUCUCUGACCCCAGCCUCUCGAAAACGGACUCCUUCAAGCGUCUCCGGACGGAGAAAGAGCAUGGGGAGAUGCUGAACAGCUGCCCUGAAGAUGAGCCUAUGACCCCAGGUGAGGAAUGCAUAGAUGCUGCUAUCGACGAGUCUCUGCUGGAGACCAGCCCUAUCCAGUCGCCCCUGCAGGUGUUCGCAGGGAUGGGCGGCCUGGCACUCAUAGCGGAGAGAUUGCCAAUGCUGUACCCAGACGUCAUUCAACAGGUUAGCGCCCCUGUGGUGGCGUCGGCCGCGCAGGAGAAACCGAAGGACAGCGACCAGUUUGAGUGGGUGACCAUCGAGCAGUCGGGGGAGCUGGUGUACGAGGCCCCGGAGACCAUCGCCGCUGAGCCCCCCCCCAUCAAGUCCGCGGUGCAGACCAUGUCCCCCAUCCCCGCGCACUCCCUGGCCGCCUUCGGGCUCUUCCUGCGCCUGCCGGGCUACGCGGAGGUGCUGCUGAAGGAGCGCAAGCAUGCCCAGUGCCUGCUGCGGCUGGUCCUCGGGGUCACCGACGACGGAGAAGGCAGUCACAUCCUGCAGUCCCCGUCGGCCAACGUUCUCCCUACCCUCCCAUUCCACGUUCUGCGCACUUUAUUCAGCACCACACCGCUGACUACUGAUGAUGGAGUGCUCCUGAGGCGCAUGGCUUUGGAGAUCGGAGCCAUCCAUCUCAUCCUGGCCUGCCUGUCUGCCCUAAGCCACCAUGCCCCCAGAGUGCCAAAUGCAAGUCCCAACCAGACAGAGCAUCAGGUGUCCAGCGGACAUGUCAGUGGCUCCAGCGAGGAGCAGCAGCUGUACUGGGCCAAGGGGACAGGCUUUGGGACUGGCUCCACGGCCUCAGGCUGGGAUGUCGAACAGGCCCUGACCAAGCAGAGGCUGGAGGAGGAGCACGUCACCUGCCUGCUUCAGGUUCUUGCCAGUUACAUCAAUCCGGCGGGCAGCACAGGGUCUGGGGAGGCUCACUCUGGGGAGAGCAGAGGCCAGAACAGCAAUGCCCUUCCUGCGGUCCUCCAUGAGCUGCUCAGCCAGUCUUGCCUUAUCCCUGCAAUGUCGUCCUAUCUGCGCAACGACUCAGUGCUGGACAUGGCGAGGCACGUGCCCCUGUACCGGGCCCUGCUGGAGCUGCUGCGGGCCGUCUCCACCUGCACCGCCCUGGUGCCGCUGCUGCUGCCGCUGUCCGGGGAGCCGGGCGAGGAGGAGGAGGAGCACUCCGGGAGCCCCACCUCGGUGGGGAUGCUGCUGGCCAAGAUGAAGACCUGCGUGGACACCUACACCAACAGGCUCAGGUCUAAAAAAGAUAAAAGCAAAGGGGUUGUGAAAGCAGAAGCGUCAGACCCUGAGCCAGAAGGCCUUACUCUUCUGGUACCGGACAUCCAGAAGACAGCAGAGAUUGUUUACGCUGCUACUACCAGCCUGAGGCAGGCACAUCAAGAGAAAAAACUGGCAGAAUCUUCCAAGAAAACAGCUGCCAGACCUAAGCCGCUCUCAGUUCUGCGUUCCCUGGAGGAAAAAUAUGUUGCUGCCAUGAAGAAACUGCAGUUUGACACCUUUGAGAUGGUUUCUGAGGACGAGGACGGCAAGCUAGUGUUCAAAGUGAAUUACCAUUACAUGUCUCAGGUGAAGAACGCCAGCGACGCCAACAGUGCUGCCCGUGCCCGCCGCCUCGCGCAGGAAGCCGUCACCCUCUCCACCUCCCUGCCGCUCUCCUCUUCCUCCAGCGUCUUCGUGAGGUGUGACGAGGAGAGGCUGGACAUAAUGAAGGUUCUUAUCACUGGCCCUGCAGAUACCCCUUAUGCAAAUGGUUGCUUUGAGUUUGAUGUGUAUUUUCCUCAAGACUACCCAAACUCACCUCCCCUCGUCAACCUGGAGACCACAGGAGGACACAGUGUGCGCUUCAACCCAAAUCUCUACAACGACGGAAAAGUGUGCUUAAGUAUUCUCAACACCUGGCAUGGGAGACCAGAGGAAAAGUGGAACCCUCAAACCUCAAGCUUUUUACAGGUUCUGGUGUCGGUGCAGUCUCUCAUCCUUGUGGCAGAGCCGUAUUUCAACGAGCCCGGGUACGAGCGCUCACGGGGCACACCGAGUGGCACGCAGAGCUCCAGGGAGUACGAUGGCAACAUCCGGCAGGCGACGGUGAAGUGGGCCAUGCUGGAGCAGCUUCGCAGCCCCUCCCCGUGCUUUAAAGAGGUCAUACACAAGCAUUUCUACCUGAAGAGAGCAGAGGUAAUGGCCCAGUGUGAGGAGUGGAUCGCCGACAUCCAGCAGUACAGCAGUGACAAGCGAGUGGGCAGGACGAUGUCUCAUCACGCAGCUGCGCUCAAGCGGCACACGGCGCAGCUGCGGGAGGAGCUGCUGAAGCUGCCCUGUCCCGACGGCCUGGAGCCGGACGGCGAGGAGUUCUCGGAGAAGAGCUCCGCCGCGGAGUCGCCCUCCUGCGAGUCGGACAAGCCGAGCAGCAGCAGCAGCGGGGCGGACUCGCACUGCAGCAACGGGGGGCUGUGAGCCGCACCCACGGACUUGACGGCUUUCAAGCACAAGCCAAAUUUUGUCCAUAUUUGUAUGUAAGAAUCUAAUUAUGUAAUAGUUACAGAGGAAAAACGGAACAAAAAAAAAACAGACAAAAAAAGCUGACUAUGCUAUGCCCUUAAGGAAAUAGUUUAAAUCGAACGAUCUUUUAUUUCCCUGUAAAAGAGUGUAAACUUUUUUUGUGCUUUUAUUUUUCAAUUGUGAAAUAACCACUGAUUGGUAUGUUAUUAAACUUGUUUAUGUAUACAUAAUGACAGAUGAAAUCACCGAUUACAUAAGGGAACUACCUUUAGAAAAGAAUGUUUACUGAAUGUUAAUUUUCAUUUUGACUGUUAGAGCAAGGACAGUUGUAACCAAGAAUAUAUUGGUCAUUCUUUAAGAAUACUAUUUAAAAAAAAGAACACACUUCAAUUUGAGAGAUCUUAUGGUUGCCCAUUUACAUUGCUUAUUUGAUUUCUACAGACUCCUGUAAACAUCAAUAAAAGCUAAAUGGACAUUCUUUAUUGCUA